AUGACGCCCAGUCCCCCCGAUGAAGCGCUUCACUUUCGCGGAAAGACUCUGACACCGGAAAGCCCUCGACCUCUACAUAUUCCCGAGCCAUCGAAUAUCCCAGUCUUAGAGAACCAAAUGGACCCCGUCUUCAACGAUACCUCCACCUAUGAACGCUCGGUGUAUAAUCAGGUCCCGCAAACACAUGGAUGGUCGCACGGGGGCUUGCAGUCGAAUCCUGGGAUGCAGAAUGAAAUAAUUGCUUCCGCAUGUUAUCCUCCCAACCCACUUUCGGGGUCCGAAAAUCCCGGCCAACUGAACUCAGAUCUCUCUCACCCCGAUUUCACUUAUUCUCACGCUGCUCCGGUUGCUCCGGUGUCCCAAGGCUUUGCCACUGGGAGCGAAGUAGAUCAUGCCCACAACUCGGAGCAAUCGAAGAUGCCGGACCGCCUAAUUGCUGAGGAACGCGAGGGACAUAAUGCGGGUGUCAAUUUCCAGAGUCUCCUCGACAACCUUUCUCUCCCCAACCCUGGUGCAACCAAUCCUGCCGCUUCUUCGGCCGAGAACUCGUCUCUCCACCAAGCACCCACUGACGAGUCCCUCAAACCCCAGGGCACCCAUGCCCACCCUCAACCCCAAAGCCAAGCCUCUAUCCAGGCCCAUUAUGCCCCGAAUGGCGAGGCAUACCACCAACUUCCGUCUGCCCAUGAUGCUGCUGCCACUACAUCGCCUAGCUAUUCAGCCCAACCUAGUAAUACUCAUUCCCAGAACCAGUCUCAGCCGUUUAACAUUGCUUCUGGAGGGACCUCGGCCGUCAACAAUCUACUACCUAAUGGCACCUUCCCGCAAACCCCAUCCACCGGUGCCGAAUCUCAAGGCUCCUUGAUAGAGCCUUCUGUAGCCUCCAAGAAAGGCCGUGUUGACAAGCAUGGUCGGCCUAUCAAGCCUGCUGACGAUGAUGCGCCCUGGGGUCCAGAGGUCCAAAAGAAAUAUGAUGAGUUCCUGCACGAUGAGCGGAUCUAUGUGACAGAAGGUCUUUGGGAUCGGUUUCCGAUAGGCUCCAGGCUGUUUGUCGGUAAUCUCCCUACUGAGAGAGUUACCAAGCGAGACAUGUUCCAUAUCUUCCAUAAGUACGGCAAACUAGCUCAGAUAUCGAUUAAGCAGGCGUACGGCUUCAUACAGUUUCUGGAGGCGAGUUCCUGCCAUGCGGCUCUCGGUGUUGAACAAGGAGCCGUCACCUUGAAAUUUCAAAACCUCAGCGAUCGACUCGGCCUGCUCAAGCAACCGAAGCUUCCCGCGUACCGCCGCCACGCCGCUCCCGGUCACCUGAGUUCAGCCGUGCCAGUUCUGGACGAACUAAUGUCCGAGGCCCGGUCGAUCGAUAUGACCGAUCCAAGUCCUAUGAAUCCAGUCGGCUUCCAUUUAGCGAUUUCCGGGAUGAACCUUCUCACCGCAGCAGACGCGACGAUUAUCGCCCGCCGCGAUCGCCUUCUCCGCGACCCUUUCGGGGGUCUAGAGAUGGAUAUCGGUCGCGCGACAGAACCCCAGAAAGAUUUGAUCGCCGCGAGCGAAGGCGCUCCCGUUCUCCACGUUCUCCUCGCUCUCCUUAUUCCAGAGAUCGACGUUACCGCAGCAUCAGCCCAAGACCACGUGGAGUUUAUGAAGGUGAAGCGGAUUUGCCUGUGCCUCGACGAGCUCAGCGAGAUGUGCCGGAGGUGCAGCUCCUCGUACUGGAGGAACUUGAUAGAGAACGCUUUCCGCAACCGUGGAUUGCGAGUGGAUGUCCUGGUGCUUGGUCCACGGAUCCCACUGGGCGCCGCCGUGCAUCGUCAGUUUAUUGAAGGUGUUCUUGCGGUUGUUCGCCUCUCUCGCCCGAAUCAAGUUUCUCGGAAGAUUCCCCUGCAGCUCUUUGAUCGAACCGCCGGAUUGGAUAACGUCCGCUUCCUCGAUUACCCUGAGCUCGAGCCUAAUAUGUCUGCGGAGCUCCUAAGCCACCAAUCUCAAGCGAUGCAGCGAGGAGCAGCCCCAGCCGCAUUUGCCCCCGGUCCUGCUUUCAUCGUCCCUUCCGCACAGCCCAUGUCGGUUCCUCCGCCUGGGAUGCCUGCGCUUUCAAACCCACCCAACAUUGCGAACCUCAUUGGUUCACUGGAUGGUCCUAGCCUUUCAACUCUCUUGUCGGCGCUCCAACGACCUCCCCAUUCGCAGCCCGUGUCCGCCACUCAGUCGCCCUUUUCCUCACCAAACCCACCUCCGGCCGACCUCGCCAGUCUCCUGACCAACGCACAUCGGCCUCCGCCUAUGCAAACCACCCAGCAGCAACCCCUUCCCCACCAACCCUUCAAUAUCCAGCCUGUAAAUGCACCCGUCAUCACUGAUCCAACCCUGCUCUCGCUCCUGGCCAAAGGACUAGGUGGACAACAGCAGCAGGGCCAGGGACCCGUCGGUCCCCAGGUACAGAACCUGAUGCAGCACCUGGCUAAAUGGAAGCAAUGA